GCGACGGCCGUCCCGACGUCGAAUCUAUAGGUGGCGGCGACGCGCACCGCUCCUCAUUUGUCCGCCGCCCGAAUCCGUAACCGCUUCGUUAGGUCGAUACAGACGUCCGUAUCGUCAGAGAACGCGUCGCGACGCCCGUGAUUUCCCGUCGUACGCAACACGACACCCUGUAAUCGCACGUCCGUAAUCUCGCGGCUUGGAAGAGAACCACGCAUGAACAUCGACGAAGAUGUACGUGUCGUGGGUAGCAGCAGUCUUCACUUUGGCAACGUUGGCCUGUUCCGAGGAACUCCGUCCCUCAUCGAACUACGACUUUAAAGAAACGACGGAAGCUUCCAAAACUACCACCCAGGUGUCCGACAACGCCGACAAAUACGGGACUGGAGUGAAAAAGGCACUGGCGUGGUUGAUUACGCAGCGGGGCGACGACUGGGGGUGGAGGAACGACACACCUAAGGUGCUGACGGCCUUGCAACUCGCGGCGGAAGAGGAGGCGGUCGGCCUUAGCCCCGCGCGUCAUGAGAUCGAGCUGUCUAGCAAACAGAUGGAGAUCGAAAUCGUGAUCCUGCUGUGGCGCCACCAUGACGUUCCUAUCACGCCUCCGCAGCUAGCCAAGUAUUGCCUGGCUCUGAGCUCGCUGUGCCACGACCCCAGACAGUUUCACGGGCACGACCUCAUCGGUACUUUGCAACACCACGAGGCCACCCACGACCUCGAGUUCGCUUACGCGACCCUGGCUGCUUGCACCGCUCGGGCUCACGUCAGGAAGAAGCAGAUCCGGAGGCUGCUCGACAUAGCCAACACCGCCAAGGAUCACAACAUCGAUACAGUCGCGAUGACAAUUUUGGCGCUGCGGUGCAUCGUCAAGGAUCACCGCCACCGCAACCUGCAGCAUUCUCUGCGCAGGCCCAGCAUCAGCUUGGCCCGCCAGCAGCAGCCGGAUGGCGGCUUCGGCAACGUGUUCAACACCGCACUGGUUCUGCAGGCCCUGCAAGACCUGCACGAGCUAAACUCGCACUGGAACAAAACUGCGGCCAGAGCCUACUUAGAGUCGAGGCAAGAUCCUGACGGCGCUUUCACCGAUCCCGGUCUGACGUCAGACGUUAUCCUGGCACUGUCCGAAAGGAGUCUAGGAGUGAUUCGCAACAUGGACUGCGGCCGACACGAUAGCGAUUACGAGAAUAACGUCGAAAUCGAUGGUCUGACAAAAUCGCUAUCGUCGCAUGGAAACGACAGCGAAAUACGAAACGUCACCGUGACGUAUACGCUCUGGGUAGGCUCCAAUGUGACGGAAAACUGCACGACCACCAUAACCGCACCAAGAAAUACGUCUUUCUAUACAAUAAUGCAAAUGGCGAUGGACAUGGAUCCUCACUUUGCGUUUGAGGCUUCCGAAUGGCCCAAUGGCCAUUACGUGCAUACUUUGGCCGGUUACAAAGAAGAGCCGAUGGGUUACCACUAUUGGUUGCUCUAUAGAUUGCCAGAGUUGCCAGAUCCUUCCGCUCCGCCAGCCAAUCAGCUGGUCGCACCUGUUGGUGUGGACGACUUGCUGAUCGAAGAAGGGGAUCACUAUCUGUUCUGGUACAAGAAGCUCUAAAGUGAACCGUGGACGCAUGCACGUAACAGAACGCAAUAAUAAAAACAACCCCCUUACGUUUGCGACAGUUUCUCGGGUCUACAUAUAUUUUUUUUAGGCAAACGCUUACGUUUUUUUCUCUUCCCAAUUUUUGCGACGAACUACCCUUCUCUAGCGUUUUUGUCAUAAAAUAUUCAAAAUGGCUAAAAGCUUCAACGUUUUAAAAUACGGACAAAACUAUUUUAAAUUGAGCUUCGCAGACAAAGCAAAAAAAAUUAAGGUCAUUUUAACUUUUUAUUGAUAAAAAUAAAACCAACAAUAAAUUAUUUCUUUUACACAAAUACAAGUGAGGUUAGGCUACGGAACAUAACACGUAAUCUGGAAUAAUUUUGUAUGGUGUUUGAGCAAAUAUUCCAAAUUAUUCUUCGCCAAAAUUCAGUAGUAGCUCCGCGACGAGCUCGGACGUAACUACCUACAGGGUGACGCUAAUGAUUUAGUUUAAGCGUAUUAAAACUAUGGGUUGACGUUUUCAGCUUUAGUUCGAUAUAGAUUCAUGUUCUAAAUAUGUAUCUGACUUUAUUAUGGAUGCUUUUCGGUCAUUAUCCGAAACUUGCAUAAUCGCCCUAAUUUCGCUAUGAAUUUACAUAUUCACGACGCGCAGAUAAAUGUAUUCAGGUUUACGUGUGAUUUUCGUUCGAUGAGUAUUAAUGUGUGUCUUAAAAGUUAACGAUAUCAAGUAGGUACGGAUAUUCUGAUGUCUCCACGCUUACGAGAAAUAAUAUACAAAAAAGCCAAGACGGCAAGUAAGGUUAAUAAGUCAAGAACGAGUAAACAAACACACAAGAAAACUAAACAAUAAUUCGCCAAAUUGCAUUAUCGCAGACAAUACCCAUAAGGAUACUUUGUUCGGUGUGUAUUUUUUCGGUAGCUUAGUAAUUCGUUGUUGACUGGCGUUGUUGAACAUUUUGGAUGAUUAUUUUUACUAUAAUUACGGAUACUUUCGGCUUUCGGUUUAACGUGAUUAAUAAAAAUAGGUUAUGUACUAUAUAAUGAAUAAACAUUUUUAAGUUCA